UGCAGUAUGUGAAGCGGGUGUACUAUGCAUGCAAUGUAUUAUAGAGAAGACAGCUCUGGACAAUUGGGAUAUGUUCUCUGAUAUAUUCACAGCACUAUGUAUUGCAAUCAGCUCUAAGCAAGCUCAUGGCCAAGCCUCGGACUGUUCAGAGGAGUUUAAGCUAUCCGUAGUCAAGGCAUUGACAGCUAUGCACAGAUCUGCUAAUCCAUCGAUUAUGUUACAACUAAUGUCAGCGAAGUCUUUACCAAUGUUAGGACAUUGCAUGUCUCUUCUCCUUAAUCUAUCCCAAGCUGAGAAAAUGAAAGAACUUCAAGCUGCUGCUUUAAAAUGUCUUACCAACUUUGUGCCAGAUGAUGAUAAAUCAUUGGUAUACAGAGAAGCUUGUAAAUCCUUUGCAUCCUUCUUACCUGGUCUCUCAGUAGCCGUUAGCAGAGUGAUAUUAGACAAUCCAAACCAAGUUCAGAGUGUAACAGUGAAUGCAAUUGAAUGCUGGUCCAAACAUGUUGCCAUGGUGAUGGAUGAUAGAUUCUUACCUCUUGAAAAAGACGAGAGAACUGAGGAUGUAUUAAAUGAUCAAUCUCUACUAGUAACUAAGACACAGGAUUGGAUAAGUCAAACUACAUCCAAACUAGACAUUCUAAUCUCAAAGAUUGUUACCAUGGUAACAAGUAGAAGCUGGAGAGUAAGGCUUGCUCUAGUAAAGUUUGCAGAAACCAUCAUCAUCCAAUCAAAGAGGUCUAUGUCAUGCAGUUUGGGUAAGCUGUUAGAGGUAUUAGUCAUGUUAGCCCAAGACACAUAUGAUGAGGUAUCUAUACCUAGUCAGGUCAUACUCAGGUCAUUAGCUAAGGAAUCAUGGAGUGCUGAGAGCAAAAUGCUUUGUGAAUUACUUGAGGAUAACCUUCAUCUUCUCAUCACUCAACUCCCAAGGAUUAUCAGAAUAACCGAUGAUGACGAGAAAUUAUCGAAAGUAAAAGCCAUGAUUGGAUAUGUGAAGCUCCUUGGUGAUCGUUUGGACUUGCUUCUCAACUCAGCUCAUCAUCUUAAGAGAUUAUCCCUUGCUUUAUUACAAGCUUUACAACUCAAUAUUAGAGAUACAGGAAUCUUAGAAACCACAACAGAACUCAGUGAAGUGAGGAGAAGUCAUUUAAGAAAUUUCACACAUUUCUCAGACAAUGAGAUCUAUGAAGGUAUAUCUUAUCUCUGCCAACUUCUAGGCCGCUAUGGGAAUGUGUCUCUUCUGAUUGAUAACUUCUUGACAUAUUUCCAUGAGAAUCCAUCAUAUAUGAAAGAAUCAACUAUGAUCAUGAAUGAGAUCAUGAAAGGAACUCUACUUACUGCUACCAAUCAUCAACUAUCUAUCUGGCAAGAGAAGGAAACAAACCAAGAUGAAUUGAAAUCAAUAGUCAGCUUGUUACUUGAUGAGUACUUGUCGUCUUCUUGCUGGGAUGUUCCUACUUGCCAAUCAUCAUCGUCAUGGCAACCUGCUACUAAUUUGAUAGUGAGCCGUUCAUCUAAGGAUUCCUUGAGUGUGUCCCAGAUGAAUCAUAAUACUCUUCUCAAAUGUCUUCUUUUGGAUGGUAUCGCAGUCUGUGCUCAGGUUUUAGGAGCUGAGUUUAAUCAAUUAUUGAUGCAUUGCCUCUAUCCAGUACUUGAAAGAAUGGCAGAUGAAAGGAGUUUGGUUUGCCACCAUGCCAAUACAACCCUAGCCACCAUCUCACAGGCCUGUACAUAUAGUUCAGUGAGUGAGCUGUUACUGAUGAAUGUAGACUACCUGACUGAUUCUGUAUCAGCUAGACUAAGACAUUAUGAAUGGAAUCCUAAAGCACCAUUAGUUCUUAAGGUCACCUUGCAACACAGCACAUGUGAUAUACUACCAUUGCUUCAGGAUACCAUUCAAGAGGUAUUUCAUCUCAUGGAUGAGCAUCAUUUGGAUCAGGCAACCACUUUGAUGAGUGUUCUUGAGUCUCUUAUAUCAUCUAUCAAUAGAUGGUAUCCUAGUCAAGACAAUCAAUGUAAAGAGGUACCAAGCUGUGAGAGCGAUGAAGUGAGUUCUAUCAUGGCAUUCUACAAUGAUUAUAUUCAGACUUUGAAUAAAGCUGAGGACGAUCUAGCAAACCUUGACGAUGAGAAGAAUCUAAACACAAACAAAGAUGAAGAUAUAUUGAUGGAUGAACCUGAUACACCCAAACACCUCCCUCUUCAUAUUGAUAAUGUUAAACAGGUGUUAAAUCACUGUGUCCAUGUGAUGUCUUCAUCAAACCCACGCCUAAGACUUCAGGUUCUUACUACUGUCCAAUCAGGUAUACAGUCCCUGCAUCAACACCAAGAUGUGUUAUUACCUCUUGUGCACAAACUGUGGCCAUCAUUUGUGUUAAGGUUUACUGAUCAAGAGACGCUUGUCACUUGUAAGGCGUUUGAGACUCUUCUCAUUUUAGCUGAAAGAUCAAGGGAUUUUAUCCGCAGGAGAGUUGUGAAAGAUAUCUGGCCCAAGCUUACAUCUUUCCUACAAACACAAGCUUCUGUCAGUUUGAGAGCUGGAUCAAGUUAUCUCCAUACAGCUUACUACAAAUUACAGCAUUCCAUUCUAUCUGGAAUUGGUCAGUUAUGUUUACAGGUUGAUGUCUCUGAUGCUGACCUACUGUUAAUGGUUGAAGCUUGUAUUCCAUACCUUAAUUCAUGUCAACCAUUGGUAUUACAAGAGGUUUGUAUGUCAACAUUUGCUAGUUUUAUUAGACUUGAUCCUGAUGCUGUUUGGUUGAGUCUUCAAGAUGUUAAUAGUUCAUCAAUGUUACAACCACCUCAUCCAUGUUUCCAUGAUAUUAAGUUUGGUUGUGAAUCAUCAAAAUCAUAUGAGUGGAGCAAUAUUGACAAACUCCUGGGAAAGCAAUGAAAGCAAGUAUUCCUACACUAAUGGUCAAUACAGAGGUACAGGUUUCCCAGAAAAAAGCAAACCAAGUAUCCAAAUUUCUUUUUCCUACUUCAGAAAACUAUGUUUUUCCAUUUACAACAAAAUAAACUUGAGUUUAUCGUAUCUUGAGUUUAUCGUUUAUCUUGAAACCUAUUUUAUGUUUGAAGUUUCAAUUUCAAAAAACCAUGUUGCACAGAAAUAUUGGUCAAGAUCUGUUAACUUUUUGCCUGCCAUUCUUCCCGUGCCACAAUAUUUUAGGAUGCAACCUUGGUUUUACAUUGACUUUGCUAAUUUGCCCCAUAAAAGCUUUUGAUUGCUUUAUUGUAAAGAAAAGCUUUGUAUUGUGAGAGAAAUGUGACUCAAGGUGAAGUUGGCAGUCCUCUGUAUGUUACUUAGGGUGCGUUUAUCCGCCACUUUUUCACCCUAGAAUCAUGAUCUGAAUCAUGAUUCAAAUCAUGAUUCUGCAGAAUCACGAUUGCGUUUAGUCGAAAUUGAAUAUAAUCAUGAUUAGAAUCACAAACAUGAAACACAAAAAAAAGGGCGUUUAGAAAGACGUUUCUGCAGAAUCACGUACGAAAAUGUUCGAAUAAACGAUAUCAUGAUUCUAUGACCUCACUGUUGUGUCGGGCUACUGUCGGUUUGACUCUUGCCAAGCUCAAGGCGCUCUAUUUGCUCAUUGUAUGUACAUGAUUAUGUACUACGCAUGCAUUUCUUGUCAUGUUCAAGUUCUGUGUUGGUUAUCGCAUCGUCCACUACUUUUUAUUUUUUGGUCAUGUCUUCAACUUCAAGUUCUAGUAAAUGAAUUAACUGGACAGACAAUGAUCUCAGUUGUUGUUGAAUAUAUAGAGUAUCAAUAUUAAAUUGGAUCUACGCUGAAAUUCACUUCCAAACACCAUUUUGGAUAAACUAACAAGAUGAAUAGAAGCAUAUGGACCCUAUAUGAUAGAAGUAAACAAAAUGAGGUAUAGACUGAAUUCUGGAAGCAAAAGAUUUUUCGAGAGCCGAAACACACGUGCCAAAAACUUCCUCUGUCAAACUGCGCACUAGUGAUGCGCACUGGAUUGGCCCGAAUCUGAGGAGAAACAGCAUUGGAAUGAAGGUCGUCUAAACGCUGAUUCUGUGAUAUUGUGAUUCAUGUUUGUGUUUUGAAUCAUGAUUCAAAUCAUGAUUCAAAUCAUGAUUCAAAUCAUGAUUCUGGCUUGAGGUCGCAUAAACGCAGCCUUAGUUGAACAGAGAGGGCAAAGAGUUAUCUCAAAAUAAAAGUGUAUUCAAAUCGAACCAUGAAUUUCUUGUCAAUUUAUUUUUUACAUACCAAUCUACAUGUACCAUGCAUAAAAAGACCUUGCAGCGCUAGUUCAUUGUACACCUGUAAUAAACUAGUUCACUAAUAUAUCCAAAAUUGUUCUUUAUUGUAAUAUCAGUUGUUACCAAUUGAAAAAAAUACCUGUUUUGUCUUCCUGGGCUAACCCCUCCCCCCCCCCCACAAAUAGGUGAUUUAUAAUGUCAUUGACACAGAGGAUCACUUGCAUUAGUGGGCUGUACAUUGGCUUGUCAUUCAAACUAAAAACAAUCAACCAACUACCAUGUCCAUAGGUACCAUCAGAAGUAUGAUAUUAUUUUCACCUUAUCGCUUUUUUUUUAAAUCUUUCCAAAUGAUUAAAAAAAAGCAGUUCUUGAAUAGUGCAUAUGGGCAAUUCCAUAGGUUGGUGGACAUGAGCUCAAUGUGUCUUUGUACUAUACAAUCUUUGUACUAUACAAUUGUAUUAUAGCCCAUCUGAACCGUAACAUGAGUAAUCACUUUAUCUGCACCCCUAGUAAAAACCAUGUGUUCUUUAUUUUUUGAAUUAUAUACAAAUUUGUCUCCCUAAUAUACUUCUUUGAAAUGGAUAUAAUAAACUUUCAUAAAAGCCUUGCAUGAGGACACUUUUCACUUAUGUCCACUUUUCAUUUUAUGCAUGUCCAAAUCAUGUAACAUGAGUAACCGACACAUUUCAAAGAUUUGCCAGGAGCAUAAUGAAAUUUCCCAAGUUUUGUUUUUAUACAAAGGAUAGUCAGACUGCGUACUAUGUUGUGAUAAAGACAUGUUUAGUUCCUAUCAAUAAUAAUGGAGUUACAGCUCCAAGUAUGAGUCAAGGUGUCUCCAAAUGGUUACAUUUGGAGUGUGAGUGAGUAACCGGGAGUGUGUGUGAGUAACCAUGGAAUAGGCCAUAUCACAUUAUAUUGUCCCUAUACACUUCCAAAGGGUGCUUAAUGAUGCUAUUGCAAAGGUCAAAAUAGGCCACUAUACGGUACAUGUUAGUUGGUAAAUUGCUUCAAUUUGAAUGAAUUAUGAAACUACUCUUAUAUGAGAUACUGUAACACUUUCUCUUGAUCCUGAAUGCUAGUAAUUGGAAUAUGGUUCGAGGGAAAAAUUCUUCCAGCACAGUAUGCUGUAAAUAAUAAUCUUUUAAACUGGAGCUAGAUUGGCAAUGUAGUAAAAGAAUUGCUUUUUAAAUAUACAAAAUGCUACUUUUUAAAUGAAAUCUUGCAAUAUUUGUUCAUUUAUUGUAUCUUUGUUUUCCAAACUAUAUUAAGUGGCUUAUGCUGUUUAAAGGUCAAGUCCACCCAAGAAAAAUGUUGAUUUGAAUAAAUAGAGAAAAAUCAAACUAGUAUAACACUGAAAAUUUCAUCAAAAUCGGAUUUAAAAUAAGAAAGUUAUGACAUUUUAAAGUUUCAUUAAUUUUUCACAAACAUUGAUAUGCACAACUCGGUGACAUGCAAAUGAGACAGUCGAUGAUGUCCCUCACUCACUAUUUCUUUUGUUUCUUUUAUUGUUUGUAAAAUAUGAUAUUUCAUUUUUUACAGAUUUGACAAUUAGGACCGACUUGUCUGAACCAUAUAGUAUUGAACAAUGCUUAUUCCACAUGUUCAGGGGGGAAUAAAUCGUUGUUUCACUUGACAAUCAGGAGAAAAUUCGAAUAUUUCGCAUUUCAUACAAUACAAAAGAAAUAGUGAGUGGAUGACGUCAUCAGUCUCCUCAUUUGCAUACCGAUCAGGAUGUGCAUAUAAGUGUUUUAUGAAAUUAAGCAAAACUUUAAAAUGUAACAACCUUAUUUUACAUCCGAUUUUGAUGACAUUUUUCAGUGUUAUGCUUGUUGGAUUUUUCUCUUUUUAUUCAAAUCAAUUUUUUGUUGGGGUGGACUUGUCCUUUAAUAGUGUGAUGAGUGUAAGCAAAUUAAAUCUUUAUAAAUGAUGAGAUUCUAACUCUCACAAAAUGAAGCCACUAUGGCAUAUUAAAGGGAAGCCUAUCCCAUUGGAUAGUGUCAUAAUAAUCAGGAUUUUGCACUCUUUUGAAAAUUGCACUAACAUUUAUGAUUUGAAUGUCUAAGCUGUUUAGGGGUUGUUUGAUAAAGCUGUAUGUAAUUGCACUUAAUUAAGCCCUAAUCAAAUUUGAAAAAUUAUGAAUUUUUUAUUUUUCAUUCAGAUGCUUGUUAAAUAUAAUAAUUCUGCCUCCCCCUGCCCUUGUCAAUAAACAUGUACAAGAACGUACAAGUUACAAUUUUAUUGUUUUUUUGUAUGGUCAGCCCCCACUUUCAGAACCAUUCAAUAGCCCCUGAUUGUGCUAUAAACAGAUGAUUUUUCUUGUAAAAGUAUGUCAAAGGAUUGAAUUGUCCUCAACUUCUCUCUUAUCUUCUCUUCAUUUAUAAUGUUCUGGUUUAUGAGUUUCAGAACCUGCAGACUAUAAAGUACAAAUUUAAGCUAGUAUGACUCAGCUUGAAACUCAUAUUAAAGCAAAUGAUGGUUUUAUGUAAAGUAUUAGUCAGGCAGCACACACAAAAAAACAAGCUUUCUAAACACCUUCAAUGUAAUUUGCCAUAAUUUGCCAUUUACCAAAAGUUUGUUGACCUUUUGACAUUUCCGGUCAUAACUACUAGUAUUUAAUGGGAGGUCAAGAGUAUAUGGUUGUGUACAUUUUCUUGUUUCGUAUAACAAGACAAAUAAUCUGAUGUGUCACUUGACAGAAUUGGGGCAAUUUCAAUAAUUGACCCCUAACAUGGUCAAGAUGACCAUUAGAAAUUUGCCACCAAGUUGAAACUUGUCCCUUGUGAUGUCACCAAUCACAUAAAAGUGAAAAAUCAGACUUAGCCAAAUUGUCGAAGUAGCCAGUAAAUCAUGACAUAUGCUGCCCGCCUACAAUUUUGCAAAAAUCCACUCGACAAAAAAGAGAAGAAGUGUAGCUUGGAAAAUUUCAUGAAAAUCAGAUAGGAUAUAAGAAAGUUAUGGUAUUUUCAAUUUCACGAGAUGGUAAUUUUGUGAAAUUAAUUUGGUGAUAUGCAAAUGAGAAAUCAAAAUCACUAUUUCUUUUCCACUAUAUUAUAUGAUAUAUUUCAAUUAGUUUUGAUUUGAUAAUUAGAUAAGCUCUUGACUAGGAAUUAUAAGUUACAAAUUUCAUGGCGAUUCCACGUAUUCAAGAAGUCAAACCUUUCUCUACAUUUUCAUUACAUUAAAUGAAUUUAAUGUAAUACAAAAAGCAAUAGAAAGUGUGUGCGUAAUUUGUUCCCUCAUUUGCAUAAUGACAUUAUUAAGCAAAACUAAAGAAUGCCAUUUCUUUGUUUUAUCUUUUGCUGAAUUUUUAGUGUUGUUUUUGUGUUUAAAUCAACUUGUUGUGGACUUGGCCAUUAAUUUUGUGUAUGAAAAAUAAUCCCAUAACUCACAAUACAUUUUUUUUCUGUUGUAAGAAACCAUUUACCUGUAAUCUGAUGAAGAUGAAAUUUAUAUUUUUGUAAUAAAAAUGCAUGUCAUCAACA